CAAUGUCAGUGCCCCUCAGCUCAUCGUCAGCCUUUCCUUCCGUCUACAAAUACGGAAUACAAAUAGAUAUCCAAUAUCUCCGCCUUUCUUCAUUAUCCUACACUGCUACUGUUCUCUGUUUAAAGAAAUCAAACAUCCAUUCUAUAUUUUGACACAGCAUUACGAUACACACAAACGAUCAAUACAGAAAACAAACAACAACUAAGAUAUAAAGAAAGAACGAAGAAAUGGCAGACACAGAAGUGAACACACCGGCUCCCUUGAUCGCGGAAGAGGGCGAACAUACGUAUAAAUUUGGGAUUACGAUGACUUGUGGUGGAUGCUCGGGGGCCGUGGAUAGAGUGCUUAAGAAACUGGAUGGUGAGUUUAUUUCCUGCGCGAGUGUUUAGACACUUCUUCCUUUUGUUUGUUACUGCUGCUUUAUUCUUACUGGGUUUUCUACAUCCUCUCAUCUUCUUUCUUUUUCACCAUCUCUUCCUGGGCCGUUCUGGUCAGCGACAUCAUCCUAUCCAGCUGGCAGGAUGUGCGCACACUCAUACACCGCCGCACAAUCACACUUUAGUGGUUGAUUACAAUCCUUCUCUCCAGCGACAAAGAAUCAGUAAUCCAAUAAUCCAAUUACUAAUAAUCCAAAAACAGGAGUCCGCGCUUAUGAAGUGGAUCUUACCGGUCAAACGGCAACAGUAAUCGCAAAACCAGAAUUGGGUUAUGAAACUGUGUUGAAUAAGAUUGCGAAGACGGGGAAGAAAAUUAAUACGGCGGAGGCGGAUGGAGAGGUAAAGAGUGUUGAGAUUAAGGAAUAGAUGUUUGGUGAGAGGAGAAGAGGAGCGGAUGAUGGAGUAAUAGUGGGAAGAGUACGGCAGAAAGGGGAAAGGAUUACAGGACUGGAUGAUGCAGAUGAUGUGAGGAAUUGAUGGGCGUUGAGUGAGGUGGAUAUACAUACUUAUGGGUAGAGAUACACAUACAGACAGAGAUGGAGGUAGUAUGCAGUGCGAGUGGGGAGGAUAAUAAAUCAUGAAAU